UCAAGCCAAUAAAAACGUUUUAUUCUGCCACGUCAUAAGAGCCUCAAGUCGACAAGUAUGAAAAUCUGAUAACAUCUCUGGGCCAAUAAUAAUUUUCAGUGGCCCACUUGAACCCCAACUCAGAAAAACCUAAACUCUGAUAACAUAAUUAUCCAUAAUCUUUUUUUCUUCGUCGUUUGGAGGACUCACUGCAAUUCACCGUUAUCACACACAACCCACACUCCCUCAUUCAAUUAUUUUCUUAACUCAUUCCUUGAUGGUUUCGUUUCAACUUCCUCUAUUUCUCCUCCUUUAUAAUUGAAUGACGGCGACGUAGUUCACCUUAGAGUAGGCCAGAUUCUUCCGGAUCUGUGACAAAGCGUUAUAUGAGGGAUUCAGGUCGCGCCAUGGAGCUCCGAUCGACGAGCUUUGCCCAUGGGCGGCGUUGUGAUAAGCCGUCGCGGAUCGAGGUGGAUAGGCGUGAGAAGAAGGUAUGGAAGGCGGGAGUGUUGAUUGGUGGCUGAGCUUGAACAGCUUGCUGAUUGGUGACAGGGAGCAGUGGUGGAGUGGACAUGGCGGUGGCGCGUGAGGUUAGGUACGACUGAUUUAGGCGAGAGGUUUGGAUCUUAAGAUUGGAAAACAAAGAAGUGCAACUGGUGGAUCAGAUCUGAGAGAGAAGCCAUGAAAGAAGAAUAGAAGAGAGGUGGUGAAUGUGAGCGUGCCAGGAAAGGGUGUGAUGAGGAUGAUGUCUGUGUGAGAGAGAGAAAGAAAAGCCAAAGAAUGUUCUGUCUCAAUACCUUCAAGUCACGGCUUUGGUUUCGCUGGGCUAUAUCUCUUUUAUGUGGAUGCAUUGUGAAAAGGGGAUUCAUUCAAAUUUUAAAGUUUUGGGCAAGCAACAAGUGGCCGCGAGAAUUUCAAAAUUUGAAAAAGAAGAAGAAAAAAACUUGUGUAAAACUCUCCAUUCCAAUCCGUUCAGUUACCGGCGACGCCGCUUCCUUAACCGUCGUGGUGACCAUGUAUAAGAGAGACGAUUACGUUCGAAAUAAACCCGGCGGUGUAUUUUCCAGAUGGCAGGGUUUUGCCCGAUCCAUGCUUCUGCCUAAACCCUUUUCAGAAACUGCAGAGUUACGGAGGACUGUAGCUGACUACUCCUUAAUCUCUCGUGGUUUAGCUCCAAAGAUUCUGAGAGAAGCCAAGGGUAAUAGGGAAGAUUUGAGAGUGGGAAAAGACUUUGUAGGUAGUAGAUACAGAGUCCAAGAAUCUAUCCAGGGUCUUGGUGUAGCUGUCAACAUUCAUGACGCAGAUGACAUUUCUCAUGGUCAAACCGAAAGCUUUAGAACUCGGCUAAGGUCUUACGGUAGACCUGUUCCCUUGCUUAAGAAACUUGGAGACAAUGUGUCUCAAACGAUUACUCAGAAGAAAACUGGCGGCAGAAGCAAAGACAAGAAGCAUGGUUUUGAAGAAGAGAGAGAUGUCAGCCGUGUGGAAGCUGAGGAGAAUAAUACUAAUAGUGUUCAUGCCUCGGUACUUAGACUCAGUCGGUCCAGACCUCAACCUGUUUUAGAGAGACAUGAUGAUAUUGUUGAUGGGUCUGAUUCUGCUUCUGUUUGUGGAGUCUUACAAGAAGAUGGUACUACUUGCUUGACAGCUCCAGUCACAGGAAGGAAGAGAUGCACAGAGCAUAAAGGGCAGAGAAUCACAUGUGCUCCUCCUGUUAAAAAACCACCGUGUGAAGAAGAGACCGAGGAGAUCUGUGGAGUGAUUAUACCUGAGAUGGUACGUUGCAGAAGCAAACCUGUUUCAGGGAGAAAACGAUGCGAGGAUCACAAGGGAAUGCGAGUCAACGCCUUCUUUUUUCUGCUCAACCCAACAGACCGCGAUAAAAUCCUCAAAGAGGAUAAGUCCAAACCCGAGACACGUACAAGCUCAACGAACCAAGAGGAACCGCGUCAGAGUCCUUCAUGUGAAGCUACAACGAAGAAUGGUUUGCCUUGUACAAGAAGCGCUCCUAAGGGAACCAGAAGAUGUUGGCAGCACAAAGAUGAAGCUUUAGACCACAGAUCAUCUGAAAAUGUUAAGUCAACAACAGUAGUCUGCGGCGUAAAGCUGUACACUGGAUCGGUCUGCCGGAAACCUCCAGUAAAAGGACGGAAGAGAUGCCAGGAGCACAAGGGGAUGAGAAUCACAUCUUGAAUAAGCAAGCAUUGUAAGCACCUAACAGACGUGUAUGAGUUACACAUAAUAACUAAGUAGGUACCAAGUUAUAAAUAAGAAGCAGCUUCUUUGUUAUUCAUCAUUACAUCGAGUCUCUCUUAGUUUCCAUAAAGGCUAUAAAGCAAAUUACAUAUUUACAUUAUAUGAUUCAUAUCGUUUUCAAAUGGAAUUUUAACACUGUUUA